UAUAACUCCAAUUUUAUUUAUUUUGAUUAUUAUUAAGCAAUUUGGAAAGUGAAAAAGUCAACAAUAAAGUUAUGAAUCGGUGAAAUAGAAGAUCCAAACUAUUUAUAAGACGAAAUUGACACCGGUAAAUUAACUGAAUCGAACUGGUUGAAGAUGAACAAGAGGCCUCACGUCUUCAAACUUCAAAUAUGACACAUGUGAAGUUGGGUCAAUGGGUUGGCAAUCCUUGAAGACAAAAAGAGGUCGCAGCGUGUUCAAAUAUUCAACGGCUUGUUCCAAAGUCCAAUACCGCUGCAGUUCCGCACAUAAUGUCAUACUCCGUAACAUAUUAAGCUGUAUUACAGAGUAUUUGUUAAAUUUCUUCCACUUCUUCUUCCAUUCUUUUCUUUCCUAGCUACAAUUUCAGUCUUCUCUAAGGUGCUUCUAAGAAAGCACCAAAUCUUCAUCCCAAAUCCAAACCCAAGAACCCACCUGGAGGAAGAACCGAAGAGGUAUGUUGGAUUCUAUUUUUCUGCUUUUUUUUGCCGCCAAUGGUUCAAAAGCUGCAAUCUUUUGUGAAGAGAUGAUACCAAAAGACGCUUCUUGAUGAUCUUUGGUAAUUGUUGAAGGUGACUGAGGAUUAUUUACUAAAACUUGUUUUUAGGUUCUAUGUGUUCCAUUCCUGGAGUUAUCUAGCUCACUAUUACAGUUCUACAUUGAAAUCUUAAGAGGGUGAAAUGAGUUUUUAGUCCUUACAUUGAUUUAGCUAAUGAAUUGGAUUCCGUUUUUUAGAACGGUUCAAUCUAAGCCCAAAAGAGAAACACACUUUGAGCUGUAAUAUUUUAUUUUUUGUUUGAAAAAAUUGCCGAACUGUUAAGUUGUAGAUGAUGGUGGGGUCUCACACUUAAUGUAGCAUUCAAAAAUUAAUGGCGGUUGGUAUGUGAUGUAGAAAUCUCAAUAAGUUAGAGAUGUAUUUUGUGGCUUUUCUAGAGUAAAUAUUGAUAUUUAUGAAUUUCUUCUUGCUGAUUGGUAUAUAACCUAAAAGGGAAAGAAUGGUGUACCCCACACCAAGUGCCCCCCCUCCCCUUAGGGUAGUGAAGGCUAAUGUAAAUUGUGUAAUUUCAUAGGUUAGGAAUGAUCAAAGUAAGCGUGUUCCCUUGUUUUCCCCUCUACCAAGAGACAUUUAUGUGUCUUUGUCAAACCCAUUUAUCAUAUACGGACAAUUGAACUUUUUGUUUUUGAGAAUGACAAUUAAGCUAUUAGUAACCAAUACUUUACAAAGAAAACUUUUAAGAACCAUUAGUACACUUGAUUGUAAACGAAACGGAGCUAAAAAGUUUUUUGUACUGUAACUCUUAUUUUCUCCUGGAAAUAUAGGAAGUGUGAAAACCAAGACUUAGUCUGCCACCACAAUCAUUUUAGAUCUUCAUUGUCAAAGUUGUUGUCUUUUUUAAAAUCUUUAUUGUUAACUCGUUUUCACACUAUUUGGUUUAAGUACAUGUCUCCAAACUCGUUUGGUAAGAGUUUUUGGGUGUUAUUUCUGAAAGGAAAAGGCAAUUAUUAUUAUUAUUUUACUACCAAACAGGUUUAGGAAGAAGUCCUGGGUCUAUCUGCGAUGUACCUCAAAUCUAGAACUUUCUUUGUUGAUAUUCAAAAGAAGCAAAUUUAAUGCAUAACAGGAUAACAUAGCUGGUUUAGAACUUCUAAACUUGAGUAUGUAAAAGGUGUAUGGCGACUGAAAAAAGUGUUGUCACUUGGGCUUCAUUUGAUUCACCCAAAUAUUUUCCAGAAAUAUUCUUCAUGGGCUUUCUUGUGUUUGGGCGCAUCAGUGCAUGAAACAUUCUGAUGAAGGAAAAUAAUUUCCAGAAUUUUGGAACUUCUUUGGAAAUAGAGUUCUUCUGAAAGAGGACUAAAACAGGAAGUCUUUUACCUGAACCAGAUUGAUUUUUCUAUAUUUGUAGACUAAUCCAUAUACUACUCUGUAUAAUUUUGUAGACUAAAGAUUACAUUUCCAGCAUUGAAAUUGGUCUUACCCUGUAAAUACUCAAUAUCUUUAUUGCAUAGUAGUCCUUACCAUUUUCUUCAUGUUUGAACAGACUUGAAAUAAAAACAACAGGUUGAUUGAAGAUAGCCUCAACUCUUUGAAUAAUGAAGAGAGAAGUCUCAUUCAUUCCCUUAUUCAUUCUUAUUACAAGUCUACUAUUCCCAAAUACAUCUAAUGGAGCUUCAAGAUCUCAACAAGUUAAACUCAUUUGUGAAAAACAAAGGGAGCACAACACGACGGCUUUCGUGCCAAACUUUGUUCAUGUCAUGGAAACCAUAAGUGACCAAAUGCGAACCCGUGGGUGGGGACUUUCCAUAACAGGCUCGGGACCCGAUGAAAACUAUGGGCUAGCCCAAUGCUACGGAGAUCUUUCUUUACUUGACUGUGCUUUGUGCUAUGCAGAAGCUCGUACAUUGCUCCCCAGCUGCUUUCCCGCCAAUGGUGGGACCAUUUAUCUCGAUGGUUGCUUCAUGCGGUCAGGGAAUUAUACCUUUUUUAAAGAGUACGUGGGACCUAACGAUGCACGGGUUUGUGGAAACAAAACCACUAGAAAAGGUUCCUCUUUCCAGCAAACGGCUAGGAAGGCCGUGAUGCAGGUGGUUUUGGAUGCACCAAAGAGUAAUGGCUCUGGGAGAGGUGAACUGCCAGUGCCAGGGAGAUGGAACGAGUCCGUUUAUGUUUUGGCGGAUUGUUGGAAGACUCUGAAUGCCAGCUCUUGCAGGGCGUGUUUGGAGAGCGCGUCUCGGUCCAUGUUAGGGUGCUUGCCUCGGCCAGAGGGUCGUGCGUUGUACACGGGUUGCUUCAUGAGAUACUCCGACACCAACUUUCUUAAUCCUGUUCCAAGUAAUGGCAGCUCAUCAAGAGCAAAUGUAGCAGUCAUUAUAAUUGCCUCUGUUAGUUCUGUGGUUGUGUUGGUGGUGGGAUCACUCAUUGCUAUUUGUUUCCUGAAGCAGAGGAGAAUAGAUAAGAAGAGGAAAGGUUCAAAUAAUGUUGAGAAAUUAGUAAAACUCCUUCAUGACAGCAGCUUGAAUUUCAAAUAUUCCACACUUGAAAAAGCAACUGGUCGUUUUUCUGAAGCCAAUAAGCUUGGGCAAGGGGGAUUUGGGACAGUUUACAAGGGAGUUCUGGCAGAUGGAAGAGAGGUUGCUGUCAAAAGACUCUUCUUCAACAACAAGCAUAGGGUAGCAGAUUUUUACAAUGAAGUCAAUAUUAUUAGCAGUGUUCAACACAAGAACUUGGUCAGGUUGUUGGGCUGCAGUUGUUCUGGUCCUGAAAGCCUUCUAGUUUAUGAGUAUUUGCCAAAUCAGAGUCUUGAUCAAUUCAUUUUCGAUCCCAUCAAAGAUAAAACAUUAAACUGGGAGAGGAGGUUUGAAAUAAUUAUAGGGACUGCAGAAGGCUUGGUCUACCUCCAUGAAAACUCAAACAACCGAAUUAUUCACAGAGAUAUAAAAGCCAGCAACAUCUUACUCGACUCGAGGCUUCGUGCCAAAAUUGCCGAUUUUGGAUUGGCAAGAGCUUUUGAGGAAGACAAAAGUCACAUAAGCACUGCAAUAGCAGGAACUCUGGGAUAUAUGGCUCCUGAGUAUCUUGCCCAUGGGCAGUUGUCGGAAAAAGCAGAUGUUUACAGCUUUGGUAUAGUUGUGCUGGAAAUAGUGACUGGGAGACAGAAUAACAGGAGCAAAGUGGCUGAAUACACAGACAGCUUGGUGAAUAUAGUGUGGUCGCAUUUUCAACAAAGGACAGUGGAGGAGCUAUUUGACCCAAACCUAAUGCUGCAUAACUACCAUAACAUUGAUGUUAAGAAUGAAGUCCAGAGAGUGGUCCAUAUAGGGCUGUUGUGCACCCAAGAGGCACCAUCGCUCCGGCCAUCCAUGUCAAGGGCACUACAAAUGCUAGCUAAGAAGGAGGAAUUGCCACCCCCCACGAACCCUCCCUUCGUGAACGAGAAAACCAUGGAGCUAAAUGAUUGUUGGGAUAACCCAUCUUUUCAGCUCAAAGAGAGCGAGUCUACUUCGGUUGCCAGCAUUUCUCAAAGCUCUUUUCACCCCAGAUGAGAUAGACUGGUACCCCUACCAAUUUGAAUGAAGUAUAGAACGUAUAUUUUGUAGACAAAUUCUUGGACAUUGUAAUUGGGUGGAAAUAUGAUUGCAUGAGCAGUUCGUACUUCAUAGUUUAUUAGUUUACACUUACAUAUUUGGAGAAAGAAAUUUAUAUAUAAUAGGGAGUAUCGAGAGUGUACACAGGAUGCUGAAAUCACUUUUUUGGCCCGUUGUAGGAAUGAAAAGGUUUUGUAAUGUGCAUUGGUCAAGUGACCUUCAAUAGAGGUUUUGUUGAGCACUAGAUUAGGUUUGACAUCUUGUAGCUGUGUGAACUGUGAACUUUCAGGAAGAGGGCGAUGAAAGUGACCUUUUAAUGAACAAUGUACACUAUUACAAUUUACAAUGAUAUUUUCUUCCAGAUUUUAG